CGUGGAGGCGGAAAGACCCUGGAGGGGACCGGGGGCCCGCCGCUCACCUCGGCCGUCUGGUUCACAGAUAACUUCUACCUGCGCAACCUGCCCCCGCAGCCCGCCAUCCUCCCCGCCAACCACAGCUUCGCCGGCGUGGCCCGCGCGGCCCCCGCGCACCCCAUCAGCUCCUGCAGCCGGGACCGGGCGGAGGCCGGCCCCCCGCCCAAGGGCCCCAAGGAGUUCGACCGCUUCCUCGCGGGCAAGGAGCCGGGCAAGGAGAAAGCCGGCAAGGGGGCGGAGGGCCGGGAGCGGGCGGCCGCGGAGGAGGACGGCAAGGAGCGGCACAAGCUGGGGCCCCCCGCGGACGCGCCCUGCAAGGAGGGGCCGCCCGCGGCCCGGGGCGCCUGCGAGGCCCGCCCCAAGCACCUCGCCUCCUGCCUCCUCAACGCCAAGGUGCUCAACGGGGACGCGGGCAAGGCCGCCGCGCUGGCCAGCUGCGCGGGCGGCGUGCUGGGCCGGCCCGGCGCGGGCACCACGGCGGCGGGGCGCUGCGCCAAGGAGGCGCCCGCGGAGCCGGGGCCGGCCUUCGGCGAGUGCCUGGAGCGGCGGCAGGUGCCGCACCACGCCGUCUCCUACGCGGUGCCGGCCGGGCCGCCCGCCGGGCCGCCCCCGCCCCUCGGCGCCUCCGCCGCCGGCCCCUUCCCCUGCCUGCAGCUCCACGCCGGCCCCGACGGGCUCUGCCCGCUGCAGGACAAGGUCUCCCGGGACCUGAAGGCCAGCGGGCCCACCUUCGUGCCUUCUGUGGGACACUUGGCCGACAAGAGCCGCCCCUUCCAGGCGACAGAGGCCUGUGCCGUGGCGGGCGAGGGCAAGGACCGGCAGCUGGAGGGGGCCGUGGUUCCCGACCACGCCGCGCCUUACGGGGUCUCCUACGCCCACCUGAAGGCGGAGGGCAAGGGCGAGCGGCGGCCCGGGGGCUUCGAGGCGGCCCUCCACCCCCGGCUGAAGGGCCUGGAGUACCUGGGCGCGGGCCCCGAGGCCCCCUUCCCCCGCCUCCCCAAGGGCGGCCUGGACCAGAGCGGCUACUUCGAGCUGCCCGCCCCUCCGCAGGACUGCGCCCGGCCCGGCCCCCAGGACCCCCUGGGCGGGAAGGCCGGGCAGGCCUGCUGCACUUUAGACAAGGCGGCCGGCAGAGAGGCCCCGGCCGGCCCCCACGGGGCGCAGAAGGUGGCGCGCAUCCGACACCAGCAGCACUUGGCGGCCCCCGAGCCGGAGGCGGGGGCCGGCGGGGCCGAGGCCAAGCGCCCGCCCCUGGAGCUGGCUUCUCUGGGCUACGGCGGGCCCCACCUCCCCCCGUGGGGCGUCCGGGCGGGCCAGGGCGCCGCCAGGGCCGUCGGCGAGGAGCGCAAGGGCGGCGCCUACCUGGACCCUUUCGGCGGCGGGCUGCAGCAGGCCGCCCUCCUGCCCCAGGAGCUGCCCGCCCCGCCCGACGAGGUCUCCGCCAUGAAGAACUUGCUCAAGUACAGCAACCAGGCCCUGGUGGUGGGCCAGAAGACGCCCUUCGUGGGCCUGGGCGGCCUCAAGGCCAGCUGCGUCCAGCAGGAGGCCAAGUUCCCAGCCGCCAAGGGCCCCGGCCCCGCGGAGAGGCCGGACUGCGCCCGGAGCCGGGAGCACGAGGCCCCCCACGCGGACGGGGAGGUGCGGCAGCCGCCCGUGGGCAUCGCCGUGGCCUUGGCUCGGCAGAAGGACACGGCCAGCCGGCCCGACGCCGGCUACCACGCCAGCGCGGGGAGGCAGGGCAGGAGCGCCUCCACCUUCAAAGCCGGCGGGGGCCCGCGUGCGGCGCACGUGCUGGACCUGGAGGGGGAGGAGGAGAGGCCCAGGGCGUGCGAUGACCGUCUGGGCCUGGCCGGCCGGGAGCUGCUGCUGCAGGACAACAAGGACCUGGUGGAGUUUGCCCGGAUCCACCCCUCCAGCAGCUGUCCCGGAGACCUGGCCCCCCACCUCGUGAUGCAGGGCGGCCAGCUGGGCGGGGACCCGGCCCCCCACCCCCACGCCGCCCACCCCCCCUGGCUGCCCCGCACGCGCAGCCCCUCGCUGUGGAUGGGGGGCCAUUCCUACGGCCUCGGGCACCCCGCCCUGCACCAGAACCUGCCGCCCGGCUUCCCCGCCUCCGUGCCCGGCUCCAUGUCCUCCGUGUUCCCUCUGUCCCAGGACGCCCCCACGCAGCUGGUCAUCCUGCCCUCGGAGCCCACGCCCCACACCGCCCCCCACGCGCUCGCGGACGUCAUGGACCAGGCCUCGCUGUGGCCCCCCGUGUACGGGGGCCGAGGGCCCGCCUCUCACAUGCAGCACCCCGGCCAGCUCCCCAUGUACUCCCGGCCUCAGCUGCUCCGGCAGCAGGAGCUCUACGCCCUGCAGCAGCAGCAGCAGCAGCAGCAGCAGCAGCAGCAGCACCGAGCCGCCCAGGCCCUGGAGCU